AUGGCGCAGAUACCGUGGCAGAUUUUAUCUCGGAGCCCCAUAGAGGCCCCUGACGCGCUGCGGCAGUUACGGGUUUGCUUCCGAAGCAUUCGCACAGCAGCAGCUGCUGCUGAGGGCAGUGCAGCAUCUCAGAGCUUGCUGCAGCACGAUGCCCUGGGAAGACUCAAGACUGCCCACGCAGCGCUUAGUAGGAUGUUGCAGGCCGAGACAGCGGAUGCGAAGCAAGGAGCCGCAGAAGUUGGAGAGGAAGCCAAUAACUGCUUCGAGCAGAUACGCAUCAGGGGUACUGCAAUAUUGCCGCCUUGCUUUUGGCAGGUCCCCCGGCUGGCGGUGUACAGACACGUCAUGGGCUUCCUUUUCAAAUUCGUCACUGAGCUGGAUGGGGUGUGGCUGGCCUUCUCAGAGACCCGCCCAGCAACGGUCAGCAAAAGCAGCAACAGCAGCACCAGCGGCAUGCGCACCAGCAAACGAAACAGCAGCAGCAGCAUCGGGGCGCUUGGCUUUCUGCUGCCUGACAUAGAGAGCAAUGAUGGCACGAUAUUUGUCUCUGUGGAGACAACCGCUCUUGUCUUUAGACCAAAAGUGGGGGAUCUGAUAACGUGUGAAACGCAAACUGUGCGGCCUGCGGUGCUGCGGCUGCUAUGGCUCGGCCACUUCACCGCCAUCAUCAGUAGGGACCACCUUGGAGACAGAUUUAGAUACCUAGAAGAAGCCAAGGUGUACGUACACCGCAAGGAUAAGACGCGCCGAAUCGGAGAGAAGGCCUUUGUCCGCAUGCACGUCAUUGAGGUUCCCACGUCCCAAAGCGGUGAUCGCGUCGCAAUCCGUGGCUCGUUGUUGGCCCGGGGUUCUGGCCCCCUUGUUUUAUCCACAGAAGCAGAAGCAGCAGGAGCAAAAAUAACGGGAGAUGCAACAGCGGCAGAGUCUGAAACGGCAGACGCAGGAGUAGAAGCGGCUAACGCAGAGGGCAUGACUAAGCGGCAUAAAAACAAACGGAAGAUACAGCGAUCAGCAACCGAGAUAACAGAAACUGCCAUUUCUUCCACAGCAAGGGCGAAAACUGUUAGCGCCGCUGUUGCUCCACAAAAAGCAGUGCCGGUAGCUGCUAAAAGUCCUCGUAGGGAGAAUGGCAGGGAAGCAUAA